CGCGCCCACCCAAAUACCGUGCCGUCCGUUGACCGAUCAUCGAAGAUGAGUCUGCGAGAGCGUGUUGCAUCAGACGCAGGGGAGGAAGGAAUCGCAAACGACUACCAGGAGCAGGGACAAUAUGGUGGCAUGGAGGAUCUGGACCGCAUGCCUUCGAUUUCGAACAAUCAGGACAUUCACGCGCAGCUGCAGGCCGCAGCUACUCCUCUCGAAUUCCAGGCGACCUUGGAGACGAAAUUCGCGAGCUACGACAACUACUGCAAUCUCUUCCACUACAUCCUGAACUCAGAAGGUCCGGUAGACCUGGAAGUUCCAAACUACUACUGGGCAUGGGAUGUCAUUGACGAGUUCAUUUACCAAUUCAACAGCUUCUGCAGCUACCGCCAAAGGAUCGCCCAGAAGAACGAUAAUGAGGAGGAGAUUACACUCUUGCGGGAGAACCCGAACACAUGGGGCUGCUACAGUGUCCUCAACGUCCUCUACUCCCUGAUCCAGCGGUCACAGAUCAGCGAGCAGCUUGGGGCUAUGAAGCGCGGAGAGGACUCGAACGCAUACGCAGGAGAAUACGGCAACCGGCCGCUGUACAAAAUGCUGGGGUACUUCUCCAUCAUCGGAUUGCUCCGCGUCCACUGUCUGCUUGGAGACUUCAGCCUGGCGCUCAAGACGCUUGAUGACAUUGAGCUCAACAAGAAGGCCAUGUUCGCCCGCGUCAUGGCCGCUCACUUCACGACCUACUACUACGUCGGAUUCUCCUACAUGAUGAUGCGACGAUACACGGACGCGAUCCGCAUGUUCAGCCACAUUUUAGUUUAUGUUUCGCGGACCAAGAACUUCCAGAAGAACGCCCAGUACGAUUCGAUCACCAAGAAGAACGACCAGAUGUACGCUCUCGUUGCUAUCUGCGUGGCUUUCCAACCCACAAGGCUCGAUGAUACCAUCCACACCGCUCUAAGGGAGAAGUACGGCGAGCAGUUUAACAGGCUGCAGCGCGGUGGACCUGAGGCUCUCCCUCUGUUUGAGGAGCUCUUCCGCACCGCCUGCCCCAAGUUCAUCAGCCCAACUCCUCCCGAUUUUGACAACCCGGAGGUCAACAUCGACCCCGUCGAGCACCACCUCCGCAUCUUCAUGGACGAGGUCAAGAACAACAUGAUGUCUCCCACCGUCAAGAGCUACCUCAAGCUCUACACUACCAUGGACCUUAAGAAACUCGCUGGCUUCCUCGAAGUCGAGCCAGAGAAGCUAAGGUGUUGGUUACUCGUCAACAAGCAGAGGAACAGGCAGACGAGGUGGACCGAGGGCGGGUUAUUGGAGGGAGAUGUGAUUCACAGCAGCGAUCUUGAUUAUGCCAUGGAAGGAGACCUCAUCCACGUUUCCGAGGCAAAGGUCGGCAGGAGGCUGGUAGAUUGGUAUCUCCGCAACUUGGCGAGAACGUACUAGAGAACUACGAGGCUACAGGAGAUUACUCAUUCAGGUUCGAGAUAGACACACCACGAUAGGGCAUUGCGGCUUGGAGUUGGACAGGUCAAUGGCAUGUGCCAAAAGCAUUUUAGCGGAGGUCUGAGGGUUGACACAGGGAGCCCAGAGGAGAGAUAUAGCUUAGGAUAACUAUAGCCAUGGCGAGAUGAUGCUACCCGCCGUGUGCGAGGAGAAGCCUGGAGCGCUGAGGAGAAGCCCCGCACCACGGGGUCGAGCACAAUGAAUAUGACAUAAAGUUUGAUU